AUGCAGAAAAUCAAGGUGGCGGGCACCGUUGUGGAGCUGGAUGGGGAUGAGAUGACCCGCGUGAUUUGGAAAAUGAUCAAGGAAGAGCUUAUUUUUCCGUUUCUUGAUGUCCCCAUUGAGUACUAUGAUCUUGGUAUGGAGAAUCGUGACAAAACGGACGAUCAGGUCACUGUUGAUGCCGCACAUGCCAUUAAAAAGCACGGUGUGGGUGUGAAAUGCGCAACGAUCACACCAGACGAGGCUCGUGUAAGGGAGUUCAACUUGAAGCAGAUGUGGAAAAGUCCGAACGGAACAAUCCGGAAUAUUUUGGGCGGGACAGUUUUUCGCGAACCCAUCAUGUGCAAAAACGUUCCACGUUUGGUGACAACUUGGAAGCAUCCCAUUGUGAUUGGACGCCAUGCCUUUGGGGAUCAAUACAGGGCGACAGACUUGGUUGUAAACGGGCCGGGAACGUUUGAAAUUCACUUUGUCCCCGAAAGUGGCGGUGCGGCGCAGGUGCAGAAGGUGUUUGAUUUUAAAUCCGGUGGUGUUUUGAUGGGCAUGUACAACACGGAUGAAAGCAUUAAAGACUUCGCAAAGAGUUGCUUUGAGUACGCACUCUCCAAGAAAUGGCCAUUGUAUCUCUCCACGAAAAACACUAUUUUGAAACGUUACGACGGCCGAUUCAAAGAUAUUUUUGCGGAAAUGUACAAAGCGUCCUACGAGGCGGACUACAAGAAAGCUGGCAUUUGGUAUGAACAUCGUCUUAUUGAUGACAUGGUUGCUUACGCCAUGAAAAGUGAGGGUGGUUACGUAUGGGCUUGCAAGAACUACGAUGGUGACGUCCAAUCCGACAGUGUUGCUCAGGGAUUUGGUUCUCUUGGGCUCAUGACGUCGGUUCUCAUGUCUCCGGAUGGUCGAACCGUCGAGGCGGAGGCCGCGCACGGGACUGUGACUCGUCACUACCGCCAGCACCAGAAGGGGGAGGAAACCAGUACAAACCCGGUUGCAUCCAUAUUUGCUUGGACUCGAGGUCUUAUGCAUCGGGGCAAACUGGAUCAGAAUGAGAAGCUUGUUCAGUUUUCCAUGCUGUUGGAGAAAGUGGUGGUGUCGACAAUUGAAGCAGGAUUCAUGACGAAAGAUCUCGCGAUUUGCAUCAAGGGAAUGAAUCAUGUGACCCGCAGCGACUACCUGAACACCCAGGAGUUUAUCCACAAGUUGGCUGACGAAAUGCGGAAGGCGUAUGAGCGAAGCAAAAUUUGA